CAGCGCGGGCGGGCGGGGGGAUUCGCGGUGGGCGCGGGCGCGGCGCGGAAGCGAAGGCUGGAGGCGCUGCGGCGCGAGUGCGUGACGUCGGCGGAGGGCACGGUGGGCCGCGGCCGACCCGCGACGAGGAGCCGGGCGUUCGGGAGAGCGGGAGGUGGCCGCGCCCGCCUUGGCUGCCGCGAGCGGUGCGGCCCGGGGCCGGCCAGCGAGCAGCCACCGGCUCCAUUCAUUCGCGCGGCUCCGCCUCCUUCCUCGGGCUCCUCCAGCGGCACCCGGGGCGCGUCUGAGAAGAUGGCAUUCCCUGUGGAUAUGCUGGAAAAUUGCAGCCAUGAGGAAUUGGAAAAUUCUGCUGAAGAUUACAUGUCAGAUUUAAGGUGUGGGGAUCCUGAAAAUCCAGAGUGUUUUUCUCUUCUCAAUAUUACGAUUCCUAUUAGCCUGUCAAAUGUAGGCUUUGUACCUCUUUAUGGUGGAGAUCAGACCCAGAAAAUUCUUGCUCUCUUUGCACCUGAGGAUUCACUGACAGCUGUGGCACUUUACCUUGCUGAUCAGUGGUGGGCUAUUGAUGAUAUUGUGAAAACAUCUGCUCCUUCAAGAGAGGGGCUUAAGCAGGUGAGCACUCUUGGGGAGAGAGUGGUUCUAUAUGUUCUGAAUCGAAUUAUUUAUAGAAAACAGGAAAUGGAGAGAAAUGAGAUCCCAUUCCUGUGUCAUAGCAGUACUGAUUAUGCUAAGAUUCUGUGGAAGAAAGGAGAGGCCAUUGGGUUUUAUUCAGUUAAGCCUACAGGAAGCAUAUGUGCCUCUUUUCUUACCCAAAGUUACCAACUGCCAGUUCUUGAUACAAUGUUUCUAAGGAAGAAAUACAGAGGUAAAGAUUUUGGGCUUCACAUGCUGGAGGACUUUGUUGAUUCCUUUACAGAAGAGGCACUUGGCUUGCGGUAUCCACUGUCUUCUCUCAUGUACACAGCUUGCAAGCAGUACUUUGACAAAUAUCCAGGAGAUCAUGAACUCCUUUGGGAAGUUGAAGGUGUUGGACACUGGUACCAGCGAAUACCAGUCACCAGAGCAUUACAGAGAGAGACACUUAAAAUACCAGCAGUUUCUCAAAAUGAACCUAAAAGACCUAUGUCUGGAGAAUAUGGUCCUGCAUCUGUUCCAGAAUAUGAAGCAGGAACUGAAGACAAUCAGUCUAGUGAGAUGCAGCUAACUAUUGAUUCUUUAAAAGAUGCCUUUGCAAGCACUUCUGAAGGUCAUGAUAAAACAUUUAUUUCCACUCGUACUCGAAGUAGUAAUCUAAAGCGGCCGAAGAUUGGAAAGCGGUUUCAGGAUUCUGAAUUUAGCAGUUCUCAAGGUGAAGAUGAAAAGACUUCCCAGACUUCACCUACAGCUUCAAUAAACAAAUUGGAGUCUACUGCACACACCUCAGACAGCCCAGAAGAAUUUCUGGAAGAAGAACCCGAACAGAGAGGGAUUGAAUUUGAGGAUGAAAGCAGUGAUAAAGAUGCGUGGCCAGCACCAGAAACCCAGCCACAGCAAGAGAAGCAAGAUGGUGAAAAGGAAUCUGAAUUAGAGCCUAUGAAUGGUGAGAUAAUGGAUGAUUCUCUUAAGACCUCAGUUAUAACAGAAGAGGAAGACUCCACUAGUGAAGUUUUAGAUGAAGAAUUAAAAUUGCAGUCUUUUAAUUCCACUGAAGACUCUACAAAUCUUGUUCCACUGGUGGUAGAAUCUUCAAAAGUCCCUGAAGCAGAUACAUCAGAUAAGACCCCACAUACAGCUGACUCAGAAAUGAUGGAUGAAGGCACAUCUGAUGAAAAGGGGCACACAGAAGAGAAACUGUCCCUAUUUCCAAGAAAGAAAGCACAUCUUGGGAGUUCAGACAGUGUUGCUACUAUGUCAAAUGAAGAACGAUCUGAUGGUGGUUUUCCAAACUCUGUGAUAGCUGAAUUAUCUGAAGAACCGGUCUCUGAGAAUUUAUCUCCCAACACUACUUCCUCAUUGGAAGACCAGGGUGAAGAAGGGGUAUCUGAGCCCCAGGAAACAUCUACUGCUGUUCCUCAGAGUUCCUUGAUAGAGGUUGAACUUGAAGAUGUGCCAUUUUCACAGAAUGCAGGACAGAAGAACCAGUCAGAGGAGCAGUCUGAAGCAUCUUCUGAGCAACUGGAUCAGUUUACACAAUCAGCAGAAAAAGCUGUGGAUAGCAGCUCAGAGGAAAUAGAAGUGGAAGUGCCUGUGGUAGACAGGCGGAAUUUAAGAAGAAAGGCCAAAGGGCAUAAAGGACCUGCUAAGAAGAAAACUAAGUUGACCUGAAGGAAGAAGAAAUGCAGAUGAUAAAUCAUCCUCUUUGUAACAUAAUUGUUGUUUUUAAAAUAUGGUAAUUAAUAAAUAGCAUGGGGCACAG